AUGGUAAGAGCAAUUGUACGUAUGCAAAUUGGACAUAACAUUCGUACUGAACACGUGAAUCAGCUGGAAUUGGCUUUAUCGGAUCCAGUGUGUAUCUUUGGUAAUUGCUGUUUUCGUGAUGCACUGCGAAAUGACAACGUUGCGAUAAGAAUGAGGAUCGCUUAUUCAAUAUUCAUGGUAAGGUCUUUCGCAUGGUUGUUUCGAUCUUCGUUGUUUCGAUUUUCAUUCUGGAACAAUUUAUAUUGUUUCUGUAUGAAUACUUGUUUACUAUUUAUAUGA